GGCGGAUCCGUAUGCGCCAUUUAUUGGAAGAGUGGUCUGACAAAGUAACGUGAGCCAGUGCCCUCCCGCAGACGACGGGCUGAAUUUUAGGCGCAACGCAGGAAAUCCUAUGGAGGUUGCAACUACGACGGCAUCGCCUUCAAUCUUUGGCGUCGGGGACACCGAAGUCGAAGAUCAUUACGACGACGACGACGAUACACAUUUGGAAACGUGGCUCAUCUAUGGCAUAGUGGGUAUCGCAGUGGUGGCCUUGUUGGCGCUCGCCCUGAUAUCAAUCCUGGCCCAUUUCGUCAAGAAGAGGGCAUCAGAAGAGAGGAGGUGCUCCAGCGCAAGCGAUGUGAACAGCAGAGACUCGUGGGUUCUUGCCUGCAACGAAGUUCCCGAAGUCCCUUCACGAGAAAAGCCCAGAACAAGUUUUUUGGGGGACGAUGUCCAGAAUUUCUCACCAACUCUGCAGCAGAUUGUCGAGCCCGUGGAUGCACCAACGCCCGCCUCGCCCGGUUAGUCAACCUUGGAAAGACAGCCGAUGUCGGUCAGCCCUUUGCUCACUCCCCUGCAGGUGAAUAUUGUCAACAGGAACACGCCGACUUCAGUAGCGGAAGAAGCUGACCGGGCUGUGUGAGACAAACUGUACCGGCUGCGGAUGCUCAACGGUGAUUCUGAUGUAGUUGCUUCUUGUUGUCCUCUGGCAAAUCAACGCCCUUUGUUUACCCCGCGCAGGAGAAUAUUGUCAACGGAAAUACGCCGACUUCCGUAAUGAAAGCCGACCGGGCUGUGUGAAACAAACUGCACCGGCUGCGGGAUGCUCAGUGGUAAUCGUGAUGCAGUUGCUUCUUGUUGUCGUCUGACUAGUCAACGCGAUCGGCCUCUAGCUUGGUGUUGUGCCGAAGCACGCGCUGCGGUGGCCCACAGCCGUUCUUAGUCUGCGCAAGAAUUCGCAGUUUCUAACUACGAUCUCGAAACCACGCAGCCUUUUG